ACUAGGGAGGAAAAUGGUGGAAAGAAAAGUCAGACAGCUUCAGUCGACAGAGUGAUUCCAACAGUUUCAUCUCUGAUUCACUGUGUGUGACCCUUACCGUGGCAGAAGAAAAGCAGCAGUGAUGGCUAAUGCAGAGAAAAUCAAGAAAACUACCGUCAAGGUGCUGUGCUGCGUGGAGAAGGUGACCUCUUUUGCCUCCUCCAUCGACCCCAUCUUCGGCAUCGUCUCCUCCCUGGUUGGGGUGGCUCGCAAGGGCCUGGAUACAGAGGAGGGCCACGCUCUGGACAAAGACUUCCAGUCGCUCAACACCAAACUGGAGAGCAUCUCUGAAAAGAACCACCAAUGCCUAAGGAAGAUCCGCAUCGACGAGGUGAACGAAACCUACGGGAAGUACGAGGAGUACAUCAAGCAUCAGUACACCGCCUUCAACAACAUGGUGGCGCAGGUGAAGAAAGAUCCAGACAACACGCAGCGUUACAUGGAGACCUUUGAGAAGAUUUAUGAGAGAGACAAGAGUGACAUGAGCCUGGAUGUGUACUACCGCGGUGUGAUGGGCACCAACUCGCUGUUUGGAAAACCCCUGCUGAAGGUGUACCUGGAAAACUGCGACGGCAACCGUGAGAUCAUGGAGCGCCGCUGUUCACACAUCACCCACCUGUUCCACAUGGGCCUCAUCGCCCUCAUGGCCUACACAGCUGUUACAGAGGACGACGAAGACGAGGUGCGGGAGAAGUGGGCCAAGAGGGUGGAGGACAUCCAGCUGAAGAUGCAGGAGGUGCUCAGUCAGUGCAAAGUCAGCUCGUCCUGAACAUGGACCAGCAGGGAGAGGCCGUCCAGGAACAAUCUCUACUCUCACCAAUGAAAAAAAGACAAAAUAUGUUAUAAUAUAUAUAUAUCUAAAUAAAACCAAAGCCAUGUUUUCAUUUGAGCACUUGAGCUGCAGCUGAUAUUCCUGUAGCAGCAUUUUAGUUAUUGAGUCGACAUUGUAUGUUUGUUUUUUAGUUUCAAAGAGACCACUAUAUGUUUCAGUUGCUUUGUGUUGCCAUAUAAUAAUGCUGGAGUUUUAUACAAUCUCUUCAAUUAAAAUGUACAUAUUAUUAGUCGAGAAAGUUGUAUAUUUGUGAAAUCUGUUACAUCUACAAGACCAACAAUUUUCAUGUACAAAAGCCAUAUUGAACUAGUUAGUAAAAUCUGUAAUAGGAUAGUCUAUAGGGAUCCAUAGCUGGAUUAAUAUAAACGCACAAUCACAUAGAACAUACACAAAGUCCCAUCUUGAAGAAAAAAGAGCUGAAUAUGUCUGCUGAAUAAAGCCUACCAACCCUG